UGGGCAUUGCGUUACGAAAGGACAUCACUAUUGCAGCCGCCAUUUUUCAUUCUUUCGCUUCUGUCAUUUCUACGAUCCGUGUGCGAUUUUAGAUAUCCAAAAUGCAAAACGACGCUGGAGAAUUUGUUGACCUGUACUGCCCGAGGAAAUGCUCGGCCAGCAACCGCCUCAUCCACGCGAAGGACCACGCGUCGGUGCAGCUGGUGCUGGCGGACGUGGACCCCGCGUCGGGCCGCGCGCUCGACUCGGCUCGCAUCUACGUGGUCUGCGGCGCCAUCCGCCGCAUGGGCGAGUCCGACGACUGCAUCGUGCGCCUCACCAAGCGGGACGGGAUAUUAGUCAAGAAUUACUAAUGGAUUGUAAGGAGCACUAUUUUUAAGGAAAAAUAAAAAAAAAUCACAAAACUUA